AUGUUAGAAAAAAAAAGAAAAUUUUUUUUAUGUAGAAACACUCUUGUAGAAAUGUGUACAGAACGUGGAUACACUACAGAUCAAAAAGUAUUGUCAUACGAUAAUUUUAUAGCACAAUUCCCAAGCUGUGAUAAAGAUGUCAACUCAAUAAAUUUUGUAUGUAAAAAUGCAGAUAAUUUAGUAGGCAUUCAUUUUAUUGAUGACGAAAAAAUAGGGAAAAGUUCUAUCGAAAAAGUAAUAGAAACAUAUAAAUCUAUCAAUAUUUAUCAUCUGAUAUUAAUUAUUAAUCAAAAAAUGAGUAGUGCUAGUCAAAAUAUUGUAAAUGUAUCAGAUCUAAAAAUAGAAAUAUUUAAAGAUGAAGAAUUAAUGUUUAAUAUAACUAAACAUGUAUCAGUGCCUAGACAUAGAAUACUAAAUGAUACAGAGAAAAACAGUAUUUUAGAAAAAUUGAAAAUAACUGUCGAUCAAAUGCCGAAAAUAUUGAAGAGAGACCCUGUGUGCAGGUUUUUAGGGGCAGAGAGUGGACAGGUAGUGGAAAUCACAAGAAAAAGUAGAACAGCGGGUGAAAGUAUAUUUUAUAAAGUGGUUGAAGAUAAGAUCAUUAAGGUUUUAUAA